AUGUUCAUUAAGGUUGGGCCAAAAUUUGAUUUCCUUCGUCUAGAAAUUUCACAUAUAACCGUUAAGUCUCCACUUCUGAAUGCUUUGUUCAAAUGUUUGUUCUAUGCCGAUUAUAGUAAUCGGGGUUCUAUAUGCACUGCUAAAACGGAUAAUUCUACCUGGACUAAGGCAGUGCAGAUCAAUCUGAACAAUGUUUUUAAUGCCCUGGAGUUAAACGUGAAUCUUCACAAUGGUUUUUACACAGCUAUGGCAGGAGAAAGGUCUGACAGGAUUUAUGGCCUUAUUCAAUGUAGAGGCGACGUUUCAACAUCAAAUUUUGCCAAUUGCACGCGGGAGUCAUUCAAGGUGACAUCAAAGUGA